AAGUUCACCUGGGAGGGCGCCAACGAGAACAAGCUGUUCCUCAUCAUCCUCGGCCGCCACAUUCAGACCUCCGAGUUCGAAGAAGUCGCCAAGGCAUUCCCCGCAACCGGCGGCGCCAUCCGCAACCGCAUUGGCCUCCUUCGUUCCAAGCAGAAGAAGGUCUACGAGGAGCUUGGCUGGGAGCUGCCGAACGGCAAUGGUACGUCUGCGAAGAAGGGCAAGGUCACUCCCUCCAAGCGCGCUGCUGAUGAGGACGGCGAGGGUGGUGAGCCUGAGACACCUACUAAGAAGCCACGUGCGCCCCGCAAGAAGACGGAGACCAGGUUCCAGACUCCUGAGAAGAAAGACAGUGGUACCGAGGAUGACGAAGAGCGGCUCGAUGGUGUCAAGGAAGAGGCUGAGGAUGACCAGGAAGAGCUCGAUGGUGUCAAGGAGGAGGCUGAGGAAGUCUGA